AUGCCUCUCUAUUUUUCCUAUGAUCGCCCUCAGUUCGCGGGUCCUGUCUCCACCGCCGUCGCUCAACCUCUUCCUCGCAGCCCGACGCCUGUUAGCUCCUACACAUCACUCGACCACGCGCUGGGCACAGAAGGCGCUCGUGACACCAACAACGCCGUUUCCCAACCGCCGACAUCCCAACCCGGCCAACCUCAUCCUUCUCAAAUGGCGUCCGACGGCCGUUACGUCUAUCACGCCCCGCCAGAGGUAACUGGCCAUUACGCGUAUUCUUCCUACUCAACCCCGUCCUACGAGCCACCUCAGCUUUCUCAUACCAUGUCUCGGCCACCUGCUCGAUCUGCUUCUGCGCAGGCCCAUUCUCCUCACGUACCCUCUCAGCCAUAUCCUCCCGCUUACCCCCCUCAGUCGCCAUAUGGGCAUCCAGCCUAUAGCGUUGUCCCAACACCCUCAUGGACCGGCGAAGGCUGGCAUCAAUAUCCACAUACAUUUCCGCCACCCCAUCCUCCAGGUCAGGAUCCUCAUUAUAGUUCUAACGGCGCGAGGCCAGACAUAUCGGCCAGCGACCAUCGACCAUAUCAGCCGGGUCCGUCGAGACCCGAGUCCCAUCGUCCCGAGGAGCGGCCUCGUCCGCCGGAAGCGCCGCCUCAACCUAAAGUACGUAAACCAAGAGAGAGCGAUCCCCCAUCCCCAGUAUCUCCGAGGCCAACAUCCUUGGGCCUCGACUUUCAUAAGUUAACAGAGCAAUAUGGCUUCGUGCUUGACACAUCGCAAGGCUUGCUCAAUGAGGCCUCGUCUACUACUGGAAGGGCAACUAUCGCUCCUGAAUCUAUGGAACGGAUGUCGCAGGCCGCCGCAUUUGGGUUUCAGGCGAUAGACUCUGCCGGGAGGCGUGUUGCACAGGCCGAAGUUCAGCGGACACCCCCCGAGCGCAGCCCUGUGGAGAGCGAGGCCGGUACAUCUCAACAGCCAAGACCACAGCAACAGCAACAACAGCAACAACAACCACAACCGCAGCAGCAGCAGUCGCAGUCGCAACAGCCGCAACAGCCAGACAACAGUCAACCUAAUACGGAGGGGCAGACAUGUCUGGGUUGUAACGCGACCUCAACACCAGAAUGGCGUAGGGGUCCUAUGGGCCCACGCACUCUGUGUAAUGCCUGUGGUCUUGUCUACGCAAAAUUACUUAAGAAACGCAGUCGUGAUCCUGCACGUAUGCGUGGGUCUUUUCCGGGAGGCGCCAAGCUGGGUGCCCAGGGUGCCCACGCCCUUGUCGAUGAUGCUGCAAAUGGCUCCGACGGUGACGGCGGGAGCGACGACGAGGACUCGUACGGCUCGCAAGAGCGGCGCAGUGACAGUGGGUUCCAUGGUGGGAGAGAUUGA